AUGGGGGGGGAUGUUUUUGGGGUGCCCCGCCCCUGGUCGCUGGGGACCCCCCGAGCGCCCCCCGCAGCCCUUUUGGGGACCCCCUGCCCCCUCCCACAGACCCCCUGGCUGCUCCUCGACUACCCCGUGGCGAUGCCCAGCAACCUGGAGCCGGACAGCGCCUGCUCGGAUCUCUGGGGGCUCCAUUUCGGGGCGCUGGCCCUGCAGCGGAUGCUGGGGGUGGCGGGGAAGGGUCUCGCCCCCCUGCUCGGGACCCUCCUGGCCCAGCUGCGCUUCGUGGCCGAGUGUCACAUCCAGGACCCCCAGGGCUGUGUCCGGCUGGAGAGGGUGAACGUGUCGCAGCUGCUGCAGAGCCUGGCGCAGCACCUGGGGGGGCUGCAAGGGAGACCCCCCCACUUCCCUGGCUGCGCCCGCUUGCGCUGCCACCCAGACCCGGCGCUGACCAGCCCAGCCGUGCGGCACGAGGGAACUUUGGGGGCCAGGCAGGGACCCCCCGACCCCGCUGGACACGGGCUGGUGCUGCUGGGGGCACUCGGGGGGGCCCUGGGCCUGGUGGUGGUGGUCUGGGCACUGUGCAGGAGACCCUGUGCCCAGGCGGGGGCACUGGGGGGCACUGGGGAGGGCACGGGGGGUGCUGUUGGGGACACUGGGAGCACUGGUGGCUGUCUCGGGGACACUGGGAGGACUGAGGAGCACUGGGAGGCCAUUCCCCUCAGCCCCCCCCAGCCCUCACAGGGACCCCCGGCCCUGGAGCAGGAUGGGACCUGAGCUGGCCCCGGCGGUACCUGGGGACACACACACAGGUACUGGGAGCGCUCCUGCGUACUGGGAUCACUGGGAAUGCCAGCAGCGCCCACCCUCUGCCCCCGUCCAGGCUGGCCUGAGCCACUGGUGCGAGA